AUGAGAGAGGUUAUUUCCCACAUGAUCAUGGUUCAUGAAUUACCUUUUAAUUUUGUGGAGUAUGGACUGUUUAAUGUGGUAAUGAAAGAAGCAAAUCCAGGAUUUAACAAGAUCUCACGUGCUUCUGUUAAACAAGAUUGUAUUUCCAGUUAUGAGAUUGGAAAGAAAAGAGUUCAAAUAUUGUUGGAUUCUGUCAAGCGUGUGAGCAUCACUACAGAUAUGUGGACAUCGAAUCAAAACAUCCAUUACAUGGUAGUUACAUGCCAUUUUGUAGAUUCUGAUUUCAAGCUUCACAAACGCAUAUUAAGUUUUGUUGACGUGCCUCCACCGUAUUCUGGUGUAUUUCAUGAUGGUCUUGGAGAAAUUGACGACAUAAUUCAUAAUGUUCGUGAGAGUGUGAAACAUGUCAAUGCCUCUCCGGGUCGAUUGCAUAUUUUUAGUGAACUCACCAAACAACUUUCAAUGCCAAAAAAGCACUUGAUUUUAGAUGUUAGUACCAGGUGGAAUGCUACAUAUGCUAUGUUGUCUACUGCUUUAGAGUUCAAAGAAGUGUUUGUGAAUUAUGUCGAUCGAGAGUCUACAUACACUACUUUACUGAGCGAGGAAGACUGGAAAAAAGUUGAAGAGGUUUGCUCAUUCUUGGCACUUUUCAAUGAAGCUACAAAAUCAUUUCAGGAAGGAGUUUUAAUUGGUGAGUCUGGUGUAUAUUUUGAUGCAUUGGGAUGGUGGAAGGAGAACAAUCUUAAAUUUAACAUUUUGUCAAAAAUGGCUGCUGACAUAUUGGCAAUUCCGGUCACUACUGUUGCUUCUGAAUCUGCUUUCAGUGCUGGUGGGAGGGUUAUUGAUCCGCAUCGAUCCUCUCUAGGAACUAAGAUGGUAGAUAUGCUUGUUUGUGGAGCUGAUUGGUAUCGUCAAUACUAUGAGUUGGAGAAAAAUAAAAACAAGCAAAACGAAGAUAUCAUGCACGUUGAGCUUCCUUGA